GGCACUUACUCUCCAGGAUUUUCCCUGCAAAGACUUUCAAGACUUCUGAACCUACUUUACGGACAAGUGAGAGAACAAACGAGACAUGGUGUCGGCUGGAAUGCAGAUCCUGGGCAUCGCCCUGUCCAUCAUCGGCUGGAUCGGGGUUAUCGUGGCCUGCGCCAUCCCCCAGUGGAGGGUGACGGCCUUCAUCGGCCAGAACAUCGUCACGGCCCAGACCACGUGGGAGGGCAUCUGGAUGACCUGCGUGGUGCAGAGCACGGGCCAGAUGCAGUGCAAGGUGUACGACUCCAUGCUGGCGCUGUCGCAGGACCUGCAGGCGGCCCGCGCCCUGACCAUCGUCGCCAUCCUGGUGGGGCUCAUGGCCAUGCUGCUGGCCGUCGCCGGGGGCAAGUGCACCAACUGCGUGGAGGACGAGGCGUCCAAGGCCAAGGUGUGCAUCGCGGGCGGGGUGAUGUUCAUCAUCGCCGGCGUGCUGUGCCUGGUGCCCGUGUGCUGGACGGCCCACUCCGUGGUCAGGGACUUCUACAACCCCAUGCUGGUCAGCUCCCAGAAGGACGAGCUGGGAGCGGCGCUCUUCAUCGGCUGGGGGGCGUCCGCCCUGCUCAUCCUGGGCGGCGGCCUGCUCUGCGCCAACUGCCCCCCCAAGGAUAACUUUUCCGCCAAAUACUCGGCCCCGCGUUCAUCUGCACCCAAGGACUACGUCUGAGGAGGACGGGAGCGUUAGAGACUGAGAAAAGACUUUUGUGCUCCAGGAAAACUGCGACGUUGGGAUGACAGACAACGUUCUCGUGAUGAGUUACCGCCACGAGGAGAAACGUUGGCCACACCCGGAAAAAACCGUCUGAUCUGCUGAUGUUUCAUGUUACGAUGAUGAAUAGUGUUUCUUAUUGAUUUCUGUUACUGACGUUCAUUUCAUUCACGUUUUACGUAUCAUUUAUAUUUUGUGUUCAGUAUGAAACUGUAAAUAAAGAUUUGUUUUCUAUUCAUA